UGCUAAUGAAAAUACAAAGAUUGGUGUUGCAGGUGAUAGUGCUGGUGGAUUAAUUGCUGCAUCUGUUUGUCAUACAAUAAAAAAACUUGAUUUUCAAAUUCUUGUUUAUGGUGCAUUUGAUUUUGCUGAUAAAACAGAAUCACAUAAAGAAUUUACUAGACCAGAACAUAUUUUAACACCUACAGUAAUUAAUUGGUUUAAUUCAAAUGCAUUACGUAAUGAAAAUGAUAAGAAAGAUCCUCGAGCAUCUGUUUUAUUAUAUGAUACAUUUGAUGGUAUACCACCAUGUUUAUUUAUUGUUGCUGAACUUGAUCCAUUACGAGAUGAUAGUUAUGAAUAUCAAAAAAAACUUGAAAAAUUUGGAAUUAAAACAAAAUUAGUGUUAAUGAAAAAUGUCAUUCAUUCAUUCUUUAGUUUACCAGGAAUUUAUGAAAAAACAUGUGCACAAACAAUUGAAGCUAUAAAAGAAUUUAUGGAUUCAUUGUAA